AUGUUCCGCAACACCUUCCAGUCCGGGUUUCUCUCCAUUCUCUAUAGCAUUGGUUCCAAGCCGCUCCAGAUCUGGGACAAGAAGGUCCGCAACGGCCACAUCAAGCGCAUCACAGACAACGACAUCCAGUCGUCCGUUCUGGAAAUCAUCGGCACCAAUGUCUCGACCAACUACAUCACCUGUCCGGCCCAGCAGAACCGCACCCUGGGCAUCAAGUUGCCCUUCCUCGUGAUGAUCAUCAAGAACUUGAAAAAGUACUUUACCUUUGAGGUCCAGGUCUUGGACGACAAGAAUGUCAGGAGACGAUUCCGCGCCAGUAACUACCAGUCGACGACCCGUGUCAAGCCGUUUAUUUGCACGAUGCCCAUGAGGCUCGACGACGGAUGGAAUCAAAUCCAGUUCAACCUCUCGGACUUUACCAGGCGUGCGUACGGUACCAACUACAUCGAGACACUAAGGGUGCAGAUCCACGCCAACUGCCGAAUCCGACGCAUUUACUUUUCCGAUCGGCUGUACUCGGAGGAGGAGCUCCCACCAGAAUUCAAGCUCUUCUUGCCCAUCCAGAAGCAAUCGUAGAGUCGCCCAUGAUCGCCGUGUCGCUCCAGGGACUGGCAUCGAUGCUCCUCUCCCCGGUUCGCCACGCGCAAGCUUUUCUCUUUCCUGUGUGUAUGACAUUUUUGAGCCACUUGCAUUCCUCGCUUCCGGGACAUGAUUCACAACG